AUGGAAAUGGACAAAAAUGAUCCAACAGUUGGAACUGGAUUUGUUGAUGCUUCAGCUUGUGGCGAUGUUAUGAAAUUGCAAAUCAAAGUUGAUGAUUCUUGCAAAAUUGUUGAUGCCAAGUUCAAGUUUGGCUACUGAAUCGAUUAAUGGAAAAACCAUUGAAUAUGCGUCGAAAAUCAAGAAUGACGAGAUUGCCAAAGAACUUUGUCUCCCACCAGUUAAACUUCAUUGUUCAAGUAAGUCUUAGGGAAUUGUUUUUCAAAAAAAAAUAUGGGAAAAUACAUUCCAAGAUGUUUGAAUAGUCAGAAACGUUCCGAGUUUCUAAAAGUUCUACCAAACUUCUAAGAAAACUCCAACUCAACCAAACGUUUUCCAGAACCGUCGUUUGUCCAUUCGUUGACGUCAUCGAUUGUGAAACCUACGAAAUCAAGCCACAAGAUGAAGGAGCUUAUGGUUUAUUCGAUUGGGCUUUCAAUUAUAAACGUCUUCCGCUAACCAAAAAAGAUCGACAAAAUCCAACAAAACCAUUCGAUUCACCAGUUAUGGCUGGUGGUUAUUUUGCGAUUUCUGCAAAAUGGUUUUGGAAACUUGGCGGAUAUGACGAAGGAUUGGAUAUUUGGGGAGGCGAACAAUAUGAGCUUAGUUUCAAAAUUUGGCAAUUUAAUGGCAAAAUGGUUGAUGCUCCUUCUAGAAGAGUUGCAUAUAUUUAUCGAUGCAAAUAUUUCGCCGUUUAAAAAUGCUGGAAUUGGUGAUUUUGUAUCGAGAAAUUAUAAAAGAGUGGCUGAAGUUUGGAUGGAUGAAUAUAAAGAAACAUUGUAUAAACAUAGACCUGGAGUUGGAAGUGCUGAUGCUGGAAAUUUGACAAGAGUGUUGAAAGUUCGAGAAAAAUUGCAGUGUAAAAGUUUUGAUUGGUUUAUGAAGGAGAUUGCUUUUGAUCAAGAUAAAUAA